GUUUUAUGUUUCUAGCAAAAUGUUCCUCGAAUACGUUAUUGUAAAUAUAUUCACAAACACACAAUACCUGGGUAACCCUCUUGCUAUUGUACGGGUGCCAAAACACAAACGCGGCUUUUUAUCACAAACGACCAAGCAACAGAUUACGGUCGAGUCAAUCUAUCUGAGACCGUUUUCUUGCACGAGCUAGCAAUAGAUAGUUUCGACGUCCCUCGAGUCCAUGACAAUCAAUAUCUUCACGCCAAAAUGCGAGGUUCCCUUUGCUAGCCAUCCCACAAUUGGAACCGCAAGCUAUCCUCUCGGCAAUGCAUCCAUAUUUGGAAUAGGAAGUCUGGAAGAACUCGUGACAAAGGCCGAUCAUAUCCAUCAUCAAGGUAGUUUCCUUGGUUCUGGCUCAACUCCCAGACCUCGAGUCCUUGGCGAACGUCACUUCGGCUUUGCUCAAUGACUGCUUCAAUUCAGACUACACGGACAAAGGUUGGAAUCUUAGUCCCACGAGAACAAAGUAAUUUGUCGAUCUGAGCAACGAUGAGAAAGGGCACAGGAUACCGAGAACCAGAAUUUUCAUUGGCUGGGAAGAACCCGGCAUGGGAAGUGCGUCGAGUGCUCUUUGUUGCUAUCUAUCUUUGUAUUUUUGAAAGGAGCGAAGGAACUUGGGAAAGGUCCUUUCCACUACCACAUCAUUUAAGAGGUCAAGAUGGGAAGAAGGAAUGAUAUCUUUUGUCAGUGUUGAUAAGAAUAAGGAUGGAGCUCAAAUCCCCAACGUUUUACUCUGAGGAACUUCAGUCUCAGUUGGUGAAGGGAGAAUUACUAUGUGAUAUUGUAUA